AUGCUUGCUUAUGUCACAUGAUUGCAGCCCAACUUUUUGCUCUCUCACCGCAUUAUGCCUCCCAAGAAAGCUAAAAAGAUUUCUCUGAACGAGUUUCUUGAAACUGCACCAGGAUCAUGGGCUGAUGAAAUGGACGAAUUGCCCUCCGCUCCUGCGAUGAGGAGCGAUGAUGACCAAGGCCACCAAAAUGACCGCUACGGCCGUCGAAGUGAUGACUUCUUAGCCUCUCGACCUGAUCGCGCUGCUCUACCACCUCGUGAGGACAUUCCUUUACCAACUCAGCCCCCGUACACGGCUUUCGUUGGCAACCUUCCUUUCGACCUCAUAGAAGCAGAACUCGAGGAGUUCUUCACAAAGACCAAGUCGGUCAAAAUUAUCAAGGACAGAGAUGAUAAACCAAAAGGAUUCGGGUAUGUUGAAUUUGAGGAUCUGGACAGCCUCAAGGAUGCUAUUUCUAAAAGCGGCGCUGCGUUUUCAGGAAGGACUAUUCGAGUUAGCGUUGCAGAAGCCCCCAAGGAACGUUCAGGAUUUGGCGGAAACGACGAUAGCAAAUUUGACAAUCCCUGGAGAAGAGACGGACCUCUACCAGACGUCUCAUCAUCGCGAGAUUCCUCACGUCGCAGAUUCGAUGGACCUCGUCCCGACCCUCUUCCGAGUGUUUCCGAGGACGCCAACGACUGGCGUUCAAGUCGACCUCGGGCAGCUUUGCCGGAGCCCGAAACUCCCACUGGAUCCAUGAGAAAAAAACCCAUUGGCUUUGGUUCCGACAACUCUGGGGCCGCUGAUCGCGACGAGGUAUGGUCCAAGGGGUCGAAAUUCAAACCUGCAGAAGAGAGAGAGAACGCGGCUCCGACCAAUAGGUUCGGAAGUGGUAGAGGACGAGGUGAUAUGGGCCCUCCGAGAGAUCCUGUUCCUGAAGAGUCAGAUUGGAGAAGUUCCUCUCGGGCAAGACCUGCCCGUGACAACACCUCUCCUACUGGCUCUACGCCUCCCACACCGCAGAUGGGAAGACGCAAAUUGGAAUUAUUACCCCGAUCGGGUAACGGCUCUAAUGUUCCCAGCCCACUCUCCUCUCCAAAAAUUGGACCAACCCCACCAACUUCUGGAUCUCGCUCCAAUCCUUUCGGUACUGCCAAACCCGUAGAUGUCACGGCCAAGGACAUCGAGAUUACUCAAAAGCUAGAAAAAGAUCGUGAGCUCAACCGUAUCUCCAUGUCUCGGACUAGUUCUCGGACUAGCAUCGAACGACCUAUCAGCCGUAACCAUACGCCACCAGCAAGUGCUGGCUCCCAUUCCCAGCCACCUUCCUCUCCACCUGCUCCCACUUCCAAAGUCAUACCCCAGGGAAUGAGUGCCAACGUGCGACCUGCUUUCAGUUUUGCUAAUGCAGCCGCAAACAAGAAGAAAGCUGAAGAAGCUGAAACGAUUAGAAAGGAAGAGACACUUGCAGAAAAGCUGGGUGAAGUUACUAUAUAGUGUUCGGUGCCUUGACACGCUAAAACUUGAGUUUCUUAUUUAUAACCUAUGUGUUCAUAAGUUCAGCGAGUGCCUUUUCCUCGCACGUCUCUUUUGCUAGCCGAUCAACAUAGCUGGCUCGAUGAUUUACCAAAAAAAGUUCAAUUCGGUUUACAAAACAUUAUCUA